AUGGAAGAGGCUGAGUCCAACACCUUGGCGUCUCUGCGAAGCGGCGCCAUGUCCAUCCUCGAGGCCAUCGCCGUGGAGCUUCCCGACGUGUUCACUGCGGUGAUACUGGCCAAGCUCGACAUAAAGGACACCCUCAGUUUGGCGCAGGUGAGCAAGCGGUACAGGGACGCGGUGUGGAGCGUCGACGGUGUUCGGUCGUUGCAAGCGAAAAUUACCAGGCUGCCGCGGAGUUGGUUUGGGGGAGAUGCGAUGGCGUGUGCGAUAGCAUCUAACAACUUGCCCGCGAUCAGAGCCCUCCUGAAGUCAGGAAGGGAAGUCGAGGAGGAGGUCAAAUACGACGAUAAAAAAACCUGGGGCACACCGUUGAUGUUUGCCGCGUUUCUUGGCCAUCUGGGGGCUGUUCGAGUUUUGAUUGAAGCAGGGGCUGAUAUCAACAAACACGCUACGUUUUUGGGUAGUGCUUACAAAAAUUCGGCUCUUUGGAUGGCCUGUGAUCACAACCAUCCGGAUGUUGUCAUGCAGCUCAUCGAGGCAGCAGCGCCUCCGCCCUCGUGGUAG